CGCUGAGCGCUGCCCCACUUGGCGGUCGCAUGUUGGGGCGCGCGGCGCGGCGGCGCUGCCCGCGGGGACUGCGGCGCGGCCGGGAGGUGCUCUUGGUGCUUCUGGCGCUGGUCGGGCUGGGCUCGGUGCUGCGGGCGCGGCGCGGAGCCGGGGCCGGGGCCGGGGCUGGGGCUGCGGAGCCGGGACCCCCGCGCACCCCGAGCCGCGGGCGGCGCGACCCGGUCCUGCCACGGCCGCCGGUGGCCGUGAACGCGCUGGGAGCGCGGGGCGAGGCGGUGCGGCUGCAGCUGCAGGGCGAGGAGCUGCGGCUGCAGGAGGAGAGCGUGCGGCUGCACCAGAUCAACAUCUACCUCAGCGACCGCAUCUCACUGCACCGCCGCCUGCCUGAGCGCUGGAACCCGCUGUGCAAAGAGAAGAAAUAUGAUUACGAUAAUUUGCCCAGGACAUCUGUUAUCAUAGCAUUUUAUAAUGAAGCCUGGUCAACUCUCCUUCGGACAGUUUACAGUGUCCUUGAGACAUCCCCGGAUAUCCUGCUGGAAGAAGUGAUCCUUGUAGAUGACUACAGUGAUAGAGAGCACCUGAAGGAGCGCUUGGCGAAUGAGCUUUCGGGCCUGCCCAAAGUGCGCCUGAUCCGUGCCAGCAAGAGAGAGGGCCUGGUGCGAGCCCGGCUGCUUGGGGCAUCUGUGGCGAGGGGCGAUGUUCUGACCUUCCUGGACUGUCACUGUGAGUGCCACGAGGGGUGGCUGGAGCCGCUGCUGCAAAGGAUCCAUGAAGAGGAGUCGGCAGUGGUGUGCCCCGUGAUUGAUGUGAUUGACUGGAACACCUUUGAAUACCUGGGGAACUCUGGGGAGCCCCAGAUCGGCGGUUUCAACUGGAGGCUGGUGUUCACAUGGCACACAGUUCCUGAGAGGGAGAGGAUACAGAUGCGGUCCCCUGUUGAUGUCAUCAGGUCUCCAACAAUGGCUGGUGGGCUGUUUGCUGUGAGUAAGAAAUAUUUUGAAUAUCUGGGGUCUUACGAUACAGGAAUGGAAGUUUGGGGAGGAGAAAACCUCGAAUUCUCCUUUAGGAUCUGGCAGUGUGGUGGGACUCUGGAAACACACCCGUGUUCCCACGUUGGCCAUGUUUUCCCCAAGCAAGCUCCCUACUCCCGCAACAAGGCUCUGGCUAACAGUGUUCGUGCAGCUGAAGUGUGGAUGGAUGAAUUUAAAGAGCUCUACUACCAUCGCAACCCCCGUGCCCGCUUGGAACCUUUUGGGGACGUGACAGAGAGGAAGCAGCUCCGGGCCAAGCUCCAGUGUAAGGACUUCAAGUGGUUCUUGGAGACUGUGUAUCCAGAACUGCAUGUGCCUGAAGACAGGCCUGGCUUCUUUGGGAUGCUCCAGAACAAAGGACUAAAAGAUUACUGCUUUGACUAUAACCCUCCCGAUGAAAACCAGAUUGUGGGACACCAGGUCAUUCUGUACCUCUGUCAUGGGAUGGGCCAGAAUCAGUUUUUCGAGUACACAUCCCAGAAAGAAAUACGCUAUAAUACCCACCAGCCAGAGGGCUGCAUUGCUGUGGAAGCUGGAAUGGAUGUCCUUACCAUGCAUCUCUGCAAAGAAACCACCCCAGAGAAUCAGAAGUUCAUCUUGCAGGAGGAUGGUUCUUUAUUUCAUGAACAGUCCCAGAAAUGUGUCCAGGCUGAGAGGAAGGAAUCGAGUGACAGUUUCGUCCCACUCUUACGAGACUGUACCAGCUCAGAUAAUCAGAAAUGGUUCUUCAAGGAGCGCAUGUUUUGAAGCCUCGUGUAUCAAGGGGCCCAUCAAAGGAGACUGUGGACCCAGAACUCUGCCCAACAAAGACUUUAGCUAAGCCGUGACCGGAGUCCACUAAAAACUGGGCUGCUCUGCUUUGAGGAGGAAAUAAUUUUGCCGUUUGUGAAAGUGUUGUUGGAUUUAGUAAAAAUGUGAAUGAGCUUUGUACUUAUUUUGAAAACUUUUAAAAUGUUCCAAAAUACCGUAUUUUAAAAUGGUAAUCAUCAAAUGUUAACCCUUGGUAUUUAGAAAAUUAAAACCUUGUAAUAUUUUUCUAUUAAGAUGUACAUUUUACAGUCAUGCCUUUUAUUCUCAUUAGCAAAACAGGUCAAGAUUUUAUUUUGGUAUUUACAAGAAUUCCCAGGUCUGAAGAUAUCUGCAUGGGUGGAAAUCAGGCUCCUGCCGCAUACUUUGCAUUAACUGAUAAUACCUCAACUGUGAGGUCAGAGUUUUCCCGGUACAGAGAGACUGACACUAGGAGCAUUAUAGCAAUUUCUUCAGCUCAUUGAGCUCCUCUAGAUGUAUUUAAUAAAGAAUGCUUUUUGGUUACAUGUUGCUACCACAGUUAAUACUCAAAAUGUUCAUGUCAGCCAAAGAGGACUAACCAAAGCUGAAAUCUCGAAGAACAGUGUGCUUUACUAAGCUAAGUAAACUUGAGAGCGAAAUUCUAACAAUGCCUCACUGUAGUGUGGCUGGUUGCUUUUAUUAAUGACCACUAUGACUUUAAAACAUGUUUACAUCGUUUUUAAUUUUUAUCAUACAGUAGAGUCAGGGAGAAAUGUAAUGUUCUAUAUGAAAUGCCUUUUCAAGUUUGUUCAUGAAUAACAUUUGAUAAAAAUCAGCAUUUGAGUUUGUGCUGCUGCAACUGCUGUGAAAAUUUCUGAGGAAUUCUGAUUUCUGAAUGAUCCCAGGUGAACCCUGAGAUUUUGUCUACCUGAUUAAAUCUAUAUGAAUGAUUAAAAAGACAUGAGAACACUG